GCCGAGUACGGGCCUGUCUCGGUGCGUGGAAACCGCGAAUUCCGCGACAACACUCACGACGGGACCCAAUAUACGCGCCGGAUCAAGAACGACGGCAGCCGCACCGACUGGGUGCUCGUCGAGGUCCCGCCGCCCGCUGCGGAAGAGGAAGAAGAGCCUCCCCUGGCUCUCAUGGUCGUGCUAGAGACGCAGUCCGAGGGCGAGCCGAACCACUGGUCGUUGUUCGUGGCGCGGGAGGGGUCGGGGUCUGGCGGCUCGGUCUACCAAGUCACGGGCGACGCCACGUACAUGACCCGCAAAUUCGACGACGGCGUGCAGCACCUCAGCUCGGAGAGCUAUUUGACGUCAUACGUUGUCGCCUAUCUCGACGAAGCCCAGGCCGGCGUGGUGAGGCAGAUUGCCACGCAGGAGCCGCCUCCGUGGGCACAUAAUCGGGCCCUGGUGACGGAGAACUGCCAGGGAUGGACGGUGCGCGUGUUGCGGCGUCUCCAGAGCCGUGGUAUUGGGACGCUAGAGUUUGUGCAGAGCAUGGAGGCCAUGAUGCAACCUGUUUGAGAGUCGCUGCGAUGCCUCAACACUUUGUCGCUCGCCCUAAAUGGUUUUUCGCUGAGGAAUAUAACAGCUUUUAG